AUGACCUCCAAUGAACGUGGGAUAUUUUAUCAUCACGAUGAGACUUUAGUCAAGUGCCCUAUUCCUUUCGAUGUCUUCACAAGCAAGACACUGGUCAAGCUUACGUUAGGAACAGGACUUUGUAUUGUGAAACAGGAAGUUUAUCUUCCGGUGCUAAAGAGUCUCUUCCUCUAUACGGUUAACUUUGAAGAUGGAGACUUCUCCCACUUGGUUCUUCGUGGUUGUCCUGUACUUGAGGAAUUAUACAUUCAUCGGGGAGGACCUCACAACUUGUGUCACCCAACCAUCAAGAGAAUAACAAUACAUCGGUCAGAAACUCACAACUUCAACACACCAAAUCUUGUCUACCUAGACUACUCUGACAGACUUGUUAACUCUGGCCAUUUUUCCGCCAAUUUCCUUGAUUCUCUUCUUGAAGCCCGUCUCGAUCUUUUUCUGCCAAAGGAUUAUUCGUCUGAACCUUGGAAAGUCAUUACUUGUAUAUGCAAUGUUCAAAUCCUUCACCUCUCUUCUAACACUGUUGAGUUGAUGCUGAAAUGCUUUGAUCACUGGGAUAGCAACGGUGGAUUUCCUUUUUUUAGAAACCUAGUUAAACUAUCUUUUGAUUGUAAAACCAAAAAGGGUUGGAAAGUUCUUUGGAGCCUCAUCAAUAACUCUCCAAAGCUAGAAACUUUGAUUCUCAAGGGCCCUUUUUGUUCUAUAAGAAGAAGUUGCGAGGAUAGCAUUGAAGGAAAUGUACUGAAGGAGCUAAAGAUUUGUGGGUAUGAAGGAACCAGAAGAGAACUUUUCCAAGUGCAACGUUUCUUGUUGGAACUUAAGUUUCUUCAAGUAAUGAAAGUGGAAGUUGGUGCUAAGAAGAUAGAUGAUGACAAGAAGUUGAAACUCACCAAAGACCUUCUU